UUGUACCGUAAAGCGGUUCUGUUGUGCGGUAAGUUGUGAUUGUAACACCGAGCUUCUUGUGUAGUUCGAUCAGAGUGAAACGUAUUUAACAUUACGCGUAAUAUUGAAGCCUCCGCGUAUCAAAGUGUCUUCAAAGUCGAGGUUGAGUCGGUGGGUCUGAUGUUAUCAUAGCAGCUACCAUUAGCAUGUUUAGCUAGUUAACGUUGUUCGCUUUCACUUUCCUUGAGGUGUUCCUCUCGUAGCUAUCUUUAACGCAGGACGGUUAGUUGGGGAAGUGCCCUUCUCUCUUUGCCAGGAUGCUCCUCGUUGUCCUGGUGUGCAGCCUGUCUCUGGCUGCCACAGGACAGGAGGCGGACAACGACUGGAUAGACCCUUAUGAUAUGAUCAACUACGACGCAAGCACCAAGACGAUGAGGAAGCCUGCAGAGCCAGCAGAAUAUGCCAAUGUCCCAACCAAGAGAAGAGAGUAUACUCGGGACUCCAACGAGGUGGACCUGACGUCGUGUCGCUCUCAAGUUGUGGAUCAACAGAGACAGAUUGAAGAACUAAUGAAGAAAAUCAUGCUCAUCUCACAGCAGCCCACAUGCAAUCCAGUGUUCAAACGAUUCCUUACCAGACUCCGGAAGGAAAUACAAAGAGUUGGUUUGCCCAGUGACUCCUCGGAGGUCUUCUAUGAUGCCAAAGUCAAACUCUCCACACAAGCCAUGGCCGAGAUUCAGGCACUGCUGGAGGGCGAGGACAGUUGGAGAACAGGCGCUCUAGACAAUGCCAUCAGUCAGAUACUGGUAGAUCUCAGACCACAUGACUACGAGGCCUGGAAGUGGCGUUUUGAAGACACCUUUGGCGUGGAGCUUGACACACUCUUAAAAAUUGGUCUGGGUGUUCUGAUUAUAGUGGCCAUCAUAUGCACUCAGCUGUGGUCAAUGAUGUCCUGGCUCAUGCAGUUCAGGAGACUGUUUGGUGUCAGCUUCUUUGUCAGUAUUAUCUGGAACUGGCUAUAUCUGUACAAGAUUGCCUUUGCUGAGCACCAAAGAAACAUAGCAAAGAUGGAUAGUGUCUAUGAAAAAUGCACUGGAGUGAAGAAAAUUGACUGGAGCGAUAGCUUGAAAGAGUGGUACAGAAGCACCUUGACUCUUCAAGGUGAUCCUUGUAAGAAAUACUAUGAAGUCCUCAUGGUCAACCCCAUUCUGUUGGUUCCUCCAACCAAGGCGAUCGCGGUUACCAUCACAACCUUCAUCACAGAGCCGCUAAAGCACGUUGGACAGGGGAUCAGUGAGUUUCUUGUUGCACUCCUCAAAGAUCUACCUAUUACCCUGCAGAUCCCAGUUCUCUUCACCAUCGUGCUCGCCAUUGUGGUCUGCAUGUAUGGAGGCGUGCAGGCAGCCUUCCAGCAUGGCAUCGCUGCACCUUUUCGUCGUCCGCGGGGGGAUCCGCCUCCUCCACAGCUCGAGCCGCCGCAGCCUCAAGUCCAGAGGAUCCUGGCCGGGGACAACUUAGCAGGAGGGGACGCACCGCAACAGGCCCCAAUGCAACAAGCCGUUGAAGGCCGGUUACACAGGAACCAGGUUCGUCAGAGGCAGCCCAACAGACGCAGGGAAGAGAUGGGUGUGGAAUCACUGGGCACUGCCGAGCCUCCUUACAGUGAGGAUGAGACGGAUGCGGAGCUGCGUGAGGCGGAGCAGAAUCUCUCCGCUGAGUCAGAUUCAGAAAGCCUGCAUGAGACACUAGAGGAGCUAGUGUCCACUGAAUCAGAUUCAUCGCCCUCAAAGACUAAACUGCUGAAAGUGAAUGAAAAGCUCUCUCAAAAUAAACUCAUCAGAGACGGUGAAGCACCUCAAUCUCAGCCAGCAGAAAGGCCGCUUUCAUUAACUGAUGUUCAGAUUUGCACAUGCAACAUGAAUAGGAUCUGUACUCGGCUGAAGACGCCACCUCCUCUGUCUCGCUGCCAGCUGUUGACACUGUCGGAGUUCCUGUUCAGGAGACAUCAGCGGAGUAGGCAGCUUCAACAUCAGUCACAGCUGGAAGAUAAAAGUCGUCAGUGUUUGGGGCUACUUGCUGGACUGUGCAGGCGGUGAUGCCAAGGAGGGUUGAUGGCCCCGACUGACUGUCUUACAGACAUUGUUAAAAUAAUGUUGCAUGUACUUGAUCGUUUUGAAGUGUUGCCGACUAACUUUACCUUGUUGCUGUGCGGUCGAUUGACGGUGCCUUUCCCUGAACAGAGUCACCAACACUGUUUGGUCAAUCUGCUUAUUAUCUUAUGAUGAUUUCAGCUCAGCUGUAUUUCCUCAGUUGGGAUGAGCAAAAAGUUCAAUCAACCGCAGAGCA